AUGGCUUUCAACAAGUUCACAUUGAAAAGUUUCUUAUCCAGAUGUUUCAAUGCCCAGAAACCGACCCCCAAGCCAAAACUUCCAGCAUCCAACCAAAGUUCAUUCCAGAGAUUAUCGCUCUCGGAUUUAAGCACCUCCUCCUUCUCUAUCGUGAGUGAUCUAUCAAACUCUCUUGUUGGAUCAAAUCUUCAUGUUUUUACUCUCAAGGAGCUCAAAGCUAUUACACAAAACUUUUCAGCUAGUAAUUAUCUGGGUGAAGGUGGAUUUGGACGGGUAUAUAAGGGGUUCAUUGAUGACAAACUUAGGCCUGGAUUGGAGACUCAACCUGUGGCUGUCAAGGUACUGGACUUGGAAGGGACACAAGGCCACAGGGAAUGGCUGGCUGAAGUAAUAUAUCUUGGGCAAUUAAGGCACUCCCAUCUUGUCACCUUGAUUGGAUACUGCUGUGAGGAUGAGCACAGGCUACUCGUGUACGAGUACAUGGAGCUUGGAAACUUGGAAAACAAACUAUUUAGAAGUUAUUCUGCAGCCUUGCCUUGGUUAACAAGAAUAAAAAUUGCCAUUGGGGUUGCAAAAGGCCUUGCUUUUCUCCACGAAGAGGAAAAACCAGUCAUAUAUAGAGAUUUUAAAGCUUCAAACAUCUUAUUAGACUCUGAUUUCGCUGCUAAGCUCUCUGAUUUUGGGCUUGCAACGGAUGGACCAGAAGGAGAAGACACUCACGUCACAACUCGUAUCAUGGGUACCGAAGGCUAUGCAGCUCCCGAAUACAUCAUGACAGGCCAUUUGACGAUUAUGAGCGAUGUAUACAGCUUCGGAGUGGUCCUUUUAGAGCUACUGACGGGCAGAAGAUCCGUGGACAAGAACCGACCCAGUAGAGAGCAGAACAUGGUAGAAUGGGCAAGACCUUUUCUAAAGGAUUCUCAUAAACUUGACAGAAUAAUGGACCCCAGACUUGAAGGACAGUACUCGAGAGAAGGGGCUAGGAAAUUAGCCUUGCUGGCUCAUCAAUGCCUGAGCCUGCACCCGAAGUCAAGACCCACAAUGACCAAUGUGGUCAAGACCUUAGAGCCUAUCUUGGACUUGAAAGAUAUCCCAAUUGGACCCUUUGUGUACAUUGUACCAACAGAAGGAAAAAAUGAAAAUGAACAGAAGGAGGAGGGAGAGGAGGAGGAAAAGAAAGAGAAGCGCAGUCACCAGCACCAGAGAGGUCAUAGGCAUAGACAUCGGAUUAGGACAUUGAGGGCUCGUGCUGUCUAUUCUGAUACUGCUUUGUAUAAAACUCUUGGGACUGCUUUGUACUCCCCCAAACCAGAACCGUUGGACGAAGGGGCAUAGUUUGCAUAAUCACUCGCAAGCAUACCGUACACUUUGGAAAAAAAUGAUGUUGAUUGUGGAAGACAUAUUUAUCGUACAUCAGGACUUAUUUUUUCUUUGUUUUUGGAUAUUUUCUCUUGUACUUUGCAAAAUCAUCGUCAGUCGUCAACUUUGUUUGUCCAGAUU